CUCCACUUUUAUCCUUUCAAUUUUAGUAUACAUUAUUUUAAAUUUGCAUCUCAAUUGGCACUUUGCUAGAAUAAAUUAUGGCAGAGUUUUUGGACCAGAAGAAGAUUCAGCAGCUUAUCCGCUCUCACGUACCCGGAAUUGACAGUAUUAUUGUCGAAUAUGUUCAGGGAUGCCUCAAUGACGCAGCAUCGACUAUAGCGACAUCGGAUGCUAGUACUACGGACGAGAAUCCCAUUGACGAACUUAUUCGGCCGAUGCUUGAGGACGCUAGUGGCGGUGCCGACGACGUGGAUGAGCUGUGCGCGAAGUUGUCAGAGAUGCUCAGCGAGGUCGAACAGCAAGCCAACCCACAGAAGAGCUCGAAGCUCUCCAAGCUGGCGGCGCCUGUAAACAUGGUGGCCCAGCAGGCGCAGAUUAACAAGGCGACAAAGGCAUCCCAGGCAGGAAACACGGACCUGGCGCACGCCAAGGGCCGGUCCGUGGUCAGUCAGGUUGAUGUCAAGAAGCUGCGCAAGGCCGAAGCGCGCAUUGCGGCCAAGAUGGAGAAGCGUGGUGUCAAGUCACGCUACGAGGCAUCCAAGCUUAUCAACGAGAACCUGCUGGACGACGAUGAUCUGCUCAUGAGGGUUAACCCAAUUCUGGAUUACACGUCGACGCGCGAUAAGAUCAAGGAUGUCAAGAUCGACGGAUUUGACAUUUCGUACGCGGGAAAGCGCAUUCUCACCAACUCCAACCUUCAUCUGGUCUUUGGCCGCCGCUACGGUCUCAUCGGUCGCAACGGUAUCGGAAAGUCGACGCUCUUGCGAAACAUUGCUUAUCGCGAGCUGGCUGUGCCGACUUAUAUCAGCAUCCUGUUUGUCGAGCAAGAGAUGGCCGGUGACGAAACGCCGGCCAUUCGCUCGGUUCUCAAGGCCGAUCUGUUCCGUGAGCAGAUGCUGCGCGACGAGGCCGGAAUCAACGAGGAGAUCAAGCGUCUUGAGGGCCCGGCGCCCCUUGACGAGCGUGGAGAGGUCAUGUCGAAGCACGAGAUUGACGCAAAGAAGAAUGAGAUGGGAGAUCGCCUGAACAGCAUCAUGACCAAGUUACUGGACAUUGAGUCCGAUAAGGCCGAGUCGAAGGCUGGCGAGAUUCUCAGCGGUCUCGGCUUUGGCGCCGGAGACUUCCAGCGGCCGACAAAGAGCUUCUCCGGAGGUUGGCGCAUGCGUCUGUCCCUGGCUCGUGCCCUAUUCUGCCGCCCCGAUCUUCUGCUCCUUGAUGAGCCUACGAACAUGUUGGAUAUUCCGGCCGUUGUAUGGCUCGAGCGGUAUCUCAAGACCUGGCACGGUACCCUGCUGGUUGUUUCCCACGAUCGAGAGUUCUUGGACGAGGUGGCGACGGACAUUGUGCACCAGCACUCUGAGCAGAUAGACCAGUACCGCGGUAACUUCAAGUCUUUCUGGUCCACACGCGAGGAGCGGCGCAAGAACCAGAUGCGCGAGUACGAGACACAGAUGCAUUACCGUGCGCAUCUGCAAGAGUACAUUGACCGCUGGAGAUACAACUCGAACCGUGCGGCGCAGGCUCAGAUGAAGAUCAAGAUCCUCGAGAAACUGCCCGAGCUGGAGAAGCCCGAGGACGACAAGGUGGUGACGUUCACGUUUCCCAAUCCAGACAACAUCUCGCCGCCGGUGCUGUUUAUGGACGAGGUCUCGUUCAGCUACUCGGCCGAGCGCAAGAUCCUGGAUCACGUCAACAUUGAUAUGCAGAUGGACGCGCGCGUCGCCAUUGUUGGUCCCAACGGAGCGGGUAAGACCACGCUGCUGAAGCUGCUCAUCGGCAGGCUCGAUCCCACGGGCGGUAUUGUCCACCGCCACGGUCGUCUGCGCAUUGCCUACUUCUCACAGCAUCACGUCGACCAGCUGGACCUCAAGCUGACAGCCGUCGGCCACCUGAAGAAGAUGUACCCGGGCAACAAUGACGAGGAGUACCGCCGCCACUUGGGUGCCUUUGGUAUCUCGGGAAUGACCGCGCUGCAGGAGAUCAGCACGCUUUCGGGAGGACAGAAGAGCAGAGUCACUUUUGCUGGUCUCGCCGUGCAGCAGCCGCACUUUUUGGUUCUUGAUGAGCCGACUAAUCAUUUGGAUAUGGAAUCGAUGGACGCGCUGACAAAUGCGCUCAAGCAGUUCAAUGGCGGUGUGGUUCUGGUCUCUCAUGACGAGCGCUUCAUCGACUCGGUGUGCACGGAGAUGUGGGUAUGCGCCGAUUGCAAGGUCACAAAGUUCGCCGGCGAGGGAAUCAAGGACUACAAGAAGAUGAUCUGCCCACCAGAGGACCAGUAGAGACUUCAGCCAUAUACUUUUUGAAAGAGAAUAAUAGAACAGCGUGCGCACGUGGGAAAAUGAAACAGCAGUAGAAGCAACUGAUUACGAAAAAAAAUGUCUCAGCCCAAGCAAUUUUUUGGGUUUAGUUUGAUCAAGCUUUUUUCUUUUGCGUAUCAUUAAGCUUUUUUCGUACUUACCUUUUUCUAUUUCAUUGUCAAUUCAGAAUCAUAAUGCGCGCUUUCUGCUCAUUUGCACGCAGCGGUGCUAACGCCGUGUCCGCUGGCCACUUUGCGCUUACAUAUCGUAUUCUGCAGAAACAGACGGCUGCCGCCGGCUUGAGAUUCAAAAUGACCCACGCCAGCUCGCCGCUCGCAACAGCAGCCACCACGCGGGAAUUGCGUCUUUCUGGUGGUUGCGCAAAGUACAGUACCGAAACGCCGCCAAAGAGCGACGGG